UUACAGACAAUCUCGGGUGUUCGGUGUUCGUCAGGUCCAAAGAUGACAACAAGAUCGCACUCUCAAUAGACGACAAAGCUUUCCUUGCAAUCAUGGAUGCAGAGGUCUACCAAGACGAAGGAAACAGCUGGGUAGCUCCUUUACCAUUCAGCUCUCCUAGACGACGCCUUCCAAGCAACAGGGAACACGCGUUGAAACGUCUCUUCUCUUUACGAAAAUCUCUUGAGAAAAGGCCAGAAAUGAAAGAACAUUACAUCAAGUUCAUGCAAAAGAUGCUGGACAAUGACCAAGCUGAGCCUGCGCCACCUUUGGUCAAAGGAAAAGAACACUGGUACCUACCAACAUUCGGUGUGUAUCACCCACAAAAGCCAAACCAAAUACGAGUUGUGUUCGACUCAAGUGCUGAAUGUGAGGGAACAUCUCUAAACGAUGUGCUCCUUAGUGGACCAGACUUGAACAACACCCUGUUGGGAGUCCUGUUACGGUUCCGAAAAGAGCCCGUAGCCAUUACAGCUGAUGUGGAACAAAUGUUUUAUUGCUUUCUCGUACGUGAAGACCACAGGGAUUAUCUUCGGUACCUUUGGUAUGAAGACAACGACAUCACCAAACAAGUGGUUGAGUACAGGAUGAAAGUCCAUGUUUUCGGUAACAGCCCUUCACCUGCUGUAGCUAUCUACUGCAUGAGACAAGCAGCUAAAAAGGGCGAAAAAGAACAUGGUAUGGAUGCAAGACAGUACGUUGAGAGGCAGUUUUACGUGGAUGAUGGUCUCACCUCUGUUGCUACACCCGAAGAGGCAAUAGAUCUCCUCAAACGAACCCAGGAGAUGUUAGCAGAGUCCAACCUGCGACUGCACAAACUUGCAUCAAACAGAAACCAGGUAAUGGAAGCCUUUGCAGCAGAGGACAGGGCAAAAGACCUGAAGGAUCUGGACCUCGGUGUGGAUCCUCUCCCUUUGCAGAGAAGCCUUGGACUUUCCUGGAACCUGGAAACAGACAGUUUCACUUACCUGGUGUCCCGUGAAGAGAAACCAUUCACACGAAGAGGUGUGCUGUCAACUGUGAACAGUUUGUAUGACCCUUUGGGGUUUGUAGCUCCUAUAACAAUGAAAGGGAAAGCUCUAGUCCGAGAACUGUCAUCUGAACAGAGUGAGUGGGAUGCUCCUCUCCUCCCAAAAAUGGAAACAGAGUGGAACCAGUGGAAGGACUCACUGAAGGCUCUUGAAGAGCUGCACAUCAAGAGGUGUUACAUUCCAAUCUCACUUGCCUCAACACAGAGAAAGGAACUGUGCAUCUUCUCAGAUGCUUCCACUAUUGCCAUAGGAGCUGUGGCGUACUUGAGAGCUGCUGAUGUUGAAGGUCAUUAUCAUGUUGGAUUUGUCAUGGGGAAGUCAAAAUUGGCACCUCGCCCUGCCCACACUGUUCCACGUCUGGAGCUCUGUGCAGCUGUGCUAGCUGUGGAACUUUACGAGCUGAUCCGAGAUGAGAUAGACAUUGAAGUAGAUGCAGUGAAGUUCUUCACUGACAGCAAGAUUGUGCUUGGAUAUAUACACAACUGCACAAGAAGGUUUUACAUGUAUGUUUCCAACAGAGUGACUCAGAUAAGGAGAUCCUCCAACCCAGACCAAUGGUUCUAUGUGCCAACAGACCUGAAUCCUGCGGAUCAUGCCACCAGGUCUAUACCUGCAGCUCAACUCCAACACAGCAGCUGGCUCCCAGGUCCGGCCUUCCUGUAUCAGGAUACAUCAGUAGAGACACUUGAACCUUACCUCUUCAGCCUUAUUGAGCCUGAAGCCGACAACGAGAUACGUCCUGAAGUGUCUACACUGGCAACCAAGGUAUCAGAGUUCAUGUUGAGCUCUCAACACUUUGAGCGAUGCUCAAGCUGGCAAAAGCUCUGUCAGAUCAUAGCCAGACUCAUUCAUGUUGCCGCUUCCUUCAAAAGCAAGGCUGACGAAGCAAGAAAGAAAGGAUGGGAAUGUUUCGGAGAAACAAUCAGCAUAAGUGAACUCUCACAAGCCAAGGUUUUGAUCAUCCGCUCUGUCCAGCACAAGGCCUUCAAAGAGGAAUUCAAAUGUCUUGAAGACGGACAGACUUGGUCCAAGCAAAACACACUUGAGAAGCUCAAUCCAUUUGUGGAUAAAGAUGGUCUUCUUCGUGUUGGAGGUCGUCUUUCAUUGGCUGAGCUGUCAGAAGAAGAAAAACACCCUCUGAUCAUUCCACGCAAUCAUCACAUCGCCACACUGCUUGUCAGAUACUUCCAUGAAAAAGUAGCUCACCAAGGGCGACACUUUACAGAAGGAGCUAUUCGAGCAGCUGGAUACUGGAUAGUUGGGAGUAAACAUCUGGUAUCUUCUGUCAUCCACAAGUGUGUUACCUGCCGCAAAUUGCGAGGAAGGUUGGAAGAUCAGAAGAUGGCGGAUCUGCCAGCUGACAGACUAACACCCGAACCUCCGUUCACCAAUGUUGGACUGGAUGUUUUUGGGCCGUGGUUGGUCAUGACACGACGCACAAGAGGAGGGGCUGCAGACAGCAAACGCUGGGCUUUGCUCUUCACAUGCAUGUCUACCAGAGCGGUGCAUAUUGAACUGAUUGAAUCCAUGUCAACAGACAGUUUUAUCAAUGCCUUAAGAAGAUUUUUCUCUGUUCGUGGUCCAGCAAAGCUCCUGCGCUCUGACAGAGGGACUAACUUCGUCGGGGCUUCAAAAGAGUUAAGGAUUAACACAGACGACACAUUAAUCAGGAAGUACCUCCAGGAGAAAGGAUGCUCUUGGGUUUUCAACCCCCCUCAUGCCUCCCACAUGGGUGGUUCCUGGGAGCGGCUCAUCGGAGUAGCCAGGCGCAUUCUGGAUGCAAUGUUGCUUCAGACGGGAUCAGUACGUCUUACACAUGAGGUUUUGAGCACUUUCAUGGCAGAGGUGAUGGCGAUCAUCAACGCAAGACCCCUUGUGUCUGUGUCUACUGACCCAGAUAUGCCUGCAGUUCUAACCCCCUCAAUGCUCCUGACUCAAAAAAUGAGUGCAGUUUCAGCACCUCCUGGAAACUUCGAUACAGCUCAGUUGUUCGGAAAGCAAUGGAAGCAAGUUCAGUGCCUUGCCGACACCUUUUGGAAGAGAUGGAAAGGAGAGUAUCUGUCUACUCUGCAGAGCCGCAGGAAGUGGACGCAAGACAAGCCGAACGUCAAAGAAGGAGACGUCGUCCUUCUCAAAGACAGUCAAGCCCAUAGGAACGAAUGGCCAAUGGGAUUGGUUGUUAAGACUUUUCCAAGCAGUGACAAGAGGGUCCGCAAAGUAGAAGUGCGGAUUGUGAAGGACGGGACAGCCAAGGUGUUCCUUAGGCCUGUAACAGAAAUUGUUGUCCUUCUUGCAGAGUCUUAGAGAAAGAACUCUUAAUAUGUUGUUUUCAGUGGACAUUCCCUUUCAAGUUCAAUUGUAUUUGUCGUGAUAUAAUGUUAUUAUCUCAAGCGGGGAGUGUGCUGCCUAUUUCUAUGUUUAUAGAGUUGGGACAUGUUUUUUGGCUCAGAGUGAGCGCUCCUUGGUUUUGUUGGUUUGCUGGGGGCUUGUCAGAGUGAGCGCUUGCUGCUUUGCGAGGAUCUUUGUAAACGGAGCACGGAGAUCAACACAUGGAGCAGAGACGUCAUGUAAACUGUGUUCGUGUCUGUGAUGCUUGAGCCUUGGAGACUAUUUGUCUUUUUACAAAGUAAAAGAAGAACAGUAAAGUCAAGAAAGAAAACCAUGCAUCUUUAUUGGAGGACUUUUAAAUGUUAGCUAACUGUCUAGCUACGCAUAGGGAUACGCGCUGUAA